UUUUGACCGCGACCUGUACAACUUAUCAUGGCGACCGCUGGGGAAUCUUCAUGCUACACGGUCGUCUUCGAUGACUCCAAUGAAGUACCCACCGUGCAAGAAUUGCGCUCGGCUUUACAAAAGGGCUCGGACGAAGUCAAGUUUGACACGUUGCGCAAGAUCAUAGUCUCGACUAUCAAUGGAAAUCCUCAGCCUCAGAUGCUCAUGCCGGUCAUUCAAUAUGUCAUGCCGUCCAAAGACAAGAGACUCAAGAAGUUGCUACACUUCUAUUGGGAAGUUUGCCCUAAAUACGACGACAAUGGCAAACUCAAGCAGGAGAUGAUCCUAGUGGUCAACGCCAUUCGUAACGACCUGCAACAUCCCAACGAAUACAUCCGGGGCGCAACGCUGCGUUUCCUGACGAAGCUUUCCAAGGACGUCGAGCUCCUCGAACCACUCAUUCCCGUCUGCCGAUCAUGCCUCGAACACCGCCACUCGUACGUGCGGAAGAACGCAGUAUUCGCCAUCUAUACCAUCUAUCGCCAGUUUGAACACCUUAUACCGGAUGCUCCAGAGCUCAUGCAGACGUUCCUGGCUGCCGAAUCUGACGCAACAUGCAAGCGGAACGCGUUCGUGUUCCUCGCAAAUUGCGCUAUGCCGAAGGCGGUGGAAUAUGUCCUGCAGGUGUAUGAUCAGAUAUCCAACAUGGACGAACUGCUACAAAUGAGCAUCAUCGAGGUCAUUCGCCAGGACUGCAAGACGGACUCAACUCACCGGGCGCGCUAUAUCCGAUGCAUACUGGAGCUUCUCACCGCGCCUUCUAAUGCUGUCAAGUAUGAAGCAGCUACGACUCUUACGACUCUCACACAGAACGCGGCGGCGGUCAAAGCUGCUGCAUCCUGCUAUAUCAGCUUGGCAUGUAAAGAGUCUGACAACAACGUCAAGCUUAUUGUAUUAGAUAGGCUGGAAGUUCUGCGGUCCAAACAUGGUCACGUCUUGGACAGCUUGAUUCUAGACGUACUGCAGGUCCUGUCAAGCCCUGACAUGGAGGUUCGCCGGAAGGCGCUGGCAAUUGUUCUCAGCAUGACGUCCAGCAGAAAUGUCGAAGAGGUCGUUCUGUUCUUGAAAAAACAACUUCAAAAAACUCAGGACGCGGACUUUGAUAAGUCGUCGGACUACAGGCAGCUUCUCAUCCAAUCGAUACACGUUUGCGCCAUCAAGUUCUCCGAAGUAGCAGGAAGUGUGGUCUACGCGCUAAUGGAUUUCCUUGGAGACUCGAAUAACCCAUCGGCGCUGGAUGUGGUAGCAUUCGUGCGAGAGGUCGUCGAGAAGUUCCCUCACCUUCGGGAAACGAUCUGCUCGCGCCUCGUGGAAACACUCCCGGAGAUUAAAUCGUCCAAGGUAUUCCGGGGUGUGCUCUGGAUAUUGGGAGAAUAUAUAGAGGAUCUCGCAGGUGUAGAAGAGGUGUUCAAGGCCACGAGGAAGAUUAUUGGUGAAAUACCCAUUCUUGCCGGCGAACAAAAAGCGGAAGACGAGGUCAACGGCGUUGAAGGCCCUGAGCAAGGCGACAGUAAGGAAAAGGAGGGCGGACGGCCGAAAGUCUUGGCGGACGGCACCUAUGCAACGGAGACCGCAUUCUCAAUUCCGAAGUCGAGCGGAAAAUCUGCGUUCAAGCCACCGCUCAGAACGCUUAUCCUCGGCGGAGAUUUUUUUACCGCGUCCAUCCUUGCUAGUGCCUUGACCAAGCUUGUGUUACGCUUUGCCGCUGCCUCAGAUGAUAGGAAGACGUCGAACAGUCUGCGUGCAGAGGCAAUGCUUAUCAUGGCCUCGAUCAUACGAGUUGGCCAGUCGAAGUACGUCGCCCACCCGAUUGACGAAGAUUCGCAAGAACGCAUCCUCGACUGCCUGAAAACAUUGAGCGAGCUGCAAGAUCAGCCUGCUGCACAGAAGGCCUUCCUUCAGGAUACCAAAUCGGCUUACACGAAGAUGUUGACAGCGCAAGAGAAGAAAGCCGCAGAAAAGAAAGAGGCUGAGAGCUCCAAGGCAGCAAUUAUUCAGGUCGAUGACCUACUGUCCUUUCGACAAUUCUCAAAGAAAGCUGCAGAUGAUGUCAUUGACUAUGAAGAGGACCUGGGACGCGCGACAGGUGCCACAGAAAUUCGCGAGGACUUCAUCUCGAAUCUCAGUCGCAUCACGCAACUAACAGGCUUCUCCGAUCCUAUAUACGCCGAGGCAUAUGUCAAAGUGCAAGGCUUCGACAUUGUGCUUGAUGUGUUACUUGUUAACCAGACAGCGAAUACCUUGCAAAAUCUAUGCCUAGACUUCGCAACCCUGGGCGAUCUCAAACUUGUCGAGCGACCCACAGUGUACACCAUUGCCCCGCAUAGCUUCCAGAGUAUCAAAGCGACCAUCAAGGUCUCUUCCACUGAGACAGGCGUCAUUUUCGGUAGCAUAUUAUGGGAGGGCUCUAACAUGUCAGAAUCAUGCGUCAUCCUCAACGACAUACACAUCGACAUCAUGGACUACAUUAAGCCCGCAUACUGCACCGAAGCACAGUUCCGCAGCAUGUGGACCGAGUUCGAGUGGGAGAACAGAGUAAACGUUACUACCACCAUAUCUGAACCUCGGGACUACCUCGCACAUGUCAUGAAAUCGACGAAUAUGUCAUGUCUGACCCCAGAAGGGGCGCUCUCGGGUGACUGCGACUUCUUGUCCGCCAACAUGUACGCACGGAGUUUGUUCGGGGAAGAUGCUCUCGCGAACCUGAGUGUGGAGCGAACGGAGAUUGGACUGACGGGACACGUGCGGAUCCGCAGCAAAACACAAGGGAUCGCCCUCUCUCUAGGGGACCGGAUCACGAUGUCGCAGAAGGAUAAUAGGCCGCCUGUAUAAUUUUAAGCUAGGAAUAAUCCGUGAUCAUUUCGAUGACGUUGAGUAGGUCUAUCGUGCAUUCUGAAUGGAGGAAUAUCCGUGCUUGUGAAUGUCCGAGCUGUCCGAGCUGUCCGUUUGCCAGGGAGAACUGGGCGGCAGGUCCGUGUCGAGAACUCGCUGUAGAAUAUAGCCGUUGCAUAUCGCCUGGAAUACAAUCAG